CCGCAUAGCCGACGGAAAGUGAUUCUCAUCAGACGCGACGCGUCCGCGAUCACGUAAGGUGCACUACACAAGAAACCAGAAGGUUCGUACACGUUCGUUCAGUCAUUUCGGACGUGAGAAAGGAGAAGACAAGACCUGUCGAUUAAACACUGCCAUCGAAUAAAUUCUCUUCAUUCGUUCUCAAGUUAUCUUUUUAUCAUUGUUUGAUUCUCAAGCGAGGGUGGAGACAACACGUCCGAAGUGACUGACUGCAACGUGAUUAGUUGAAACACAUGGUCCGGUGAUCGUGAUCAUGAUUGCAAAUCGUUUCUCGCUGAUCGUCACCCUCGUCUUCGUGGUACUGCUGUCGACUAUUCAUUCCGGAGAAGCAAUAAUAUGUUACCAAUGCAACAGCGAAUACGAUCCAAGGUGCGGCGAUCCAUUCGAUCCGUACAGUCUUGGAACCGUGAACUGCAGUUUUCAACCACGCUUGGAACAUCUAAGUCAUUUGGAGCCUACUCUUUGUCGAAAAAUCAGCCAAAGAGUGUAUGGCAAGAUCAGAGUUGUCAGAGGUUGCGGAUACAUUACGGACCAGAGAGACAAUGCCGAUUGCCUGAUGAGAUCAGGCACUCACGACGUUCACGCAACUUAUUGCGCAUGCACCGGUGAUCUCUGUAACUCGGCCGAAAGCCAUACACCGUCCUUCUUACUGCCGUUAACGCCUCUGUUGACGGUUAUUUUGACGAUGCCGAGUUUAUUCCUUUCAUACCCGUUCGCAUUACCCUUGACCUCGCCGCACUUCUCCAUAGCCUAAACUUCGCAGUUACCAAAGGAUAAUACUUAAUGCCUAAAACUGAAUCAACGAUAACAUAGAAAACACCGUUCGGAUCCGGAGCAACUCGUUUUCGUCCGAUUCCCUAUCUAUUCGAAGCGCUACAUUUUUAGAUUAGAUCGCGAUCGAUUCUAGACUUGACAAUAUAAUAUAUAUUAUCGAUCAAUCUUACAUAACAUUUAAAUUUUAGAAAUCAAAUAUUUCAAUAAUUUCUCUAAAUGAUCAAUUUGACUUUUUAAAUGUCUAAUAAUUUCUAGCGAAACGAAAUAUAAGGGAACUGAGAUUGUUAACGAGUUGAAUAUAAUUACAGCUAUUGUAGCUGUUAUUUUUAAAGAAAAAUGCUCGAUUAAGAGUACAGUACACAUAGAAAUGUAUGUAUGUAUAUGCCGUUCCAGGAUUCGAACAAUUCGCAAAAGUAGUCGAAUUACAACAUAGUAGUUUUAACGGUGAUACAAACUGCCAGAUACGCAAGAGCGUACUUCAGUAGUACACUUCAGAAAAA